GGCAUUGGCCGGGGUGGCGCGAGGCGGGCCCCGGUUAUUGUCCGGGCUCCGGCGGCGGCGGCGGCGGCGGCAGCGGGGGCGGCGGUCGGUGCUGCGGUAGCGGCGGCGGCGGCGGCUCGGCGGGACCGAGGGCGGGAGCGGCCGAGACCAUGGCUGGAGGCAAAGCUGGAAAGGACAGUGGAAAGGCCAAGGCUAAGGCAGUGUCUCGCUCACAGAGAGCUGGGCUACAGUUUCCCGUGGGCCGCAUCCACAGACAUUUGAAGACUCGCACCACGAGCCACGGAAGGGUUGGUGCCACUGCUGCAGUGUACAGUGCCGCAAUUCUGGAGUACCUCACUGCUGAGGUGCUGGAGCUGGCAGGUAAUGCUUCCAAGGAUCUCAAAGUUAAGCGGAUCACUCCGCGCCACUUGCAACUUGCAAUCCGUGGUGAUGAAGAGUUGGAUUCUCUUAUCAAGGCCACCAUAGCUGGGGGUGGUGUGAUCCCUCACAUCCACAAGUCUCUGAUUGGAAAGAAGGGACAGCAGAAAACUGCUUAGAGAGUUGUUUUAACCAACCCUCUUUCUCCCUGUCAUUGUACUGUAACUGGGACAGAAGAAAUAAUGGGGAUAUGUGGAAUUUUUAAAACAGUUAAAUGGAAAAGCAUAGACAAUUACUGUAGACAUGAUGAAAGAAACAUUUGUACGUUCUUAGACUCGAGUUUGAUAAAAGUACCUUUUCAUGUGGCAACAGUUGUGUGUUGAUUGGCUAGGUUUCUCCCAUGUGUUUUAUACAAAAAUGGAAUUGAUAAACCAUUUUUUAAAAAAAUAAUUUGUCUCAAAACUGUUCUGUUUGUGCUGUGUUGCAAAUAUUUUGCUGAUACUUUGACAUUUUUAAAAUUUCAAAUUAGUUAUAUUCAGAAAAAUUUUAAAACAGCAAUUGGGAGUCUACUUCUAUCAUGAUUGAUACCAUAUUAUAUUGAGUCUUAGAUGCUACCUAUUAGUAGUAUGCACUUUUUUACAUACCACUAAAGGAAAAAACUGCCAAUUAAACCAUGAUAUGCCAUCAAUUAUGAGAUGCAUCCCAAUUUCAGAGAUGUUGGAAUAUGAACAUGCAUUUAGAAUUGAUGAAAUAGGAUAGUGGAAUUAUUUGAAUUAUUCAAUGAGCACUUACUGUGUGGUGGGCCUUGUGCUAAGCGCUUUACUGAUGAAGAAAUUUUAUUACCCCCAUUUUAAAGAUGUGGAACCUGAGGCUCACAGAAGUUAAACGGCUUGCCAGAAAACAUUUAUCUAAUAGAAAACGGCAGAACUAGGAUAUAAACCUAGAUUUGGAUGACUCCAGAGCCCACACCCUUACCUAGAAUUGAAGUUAAAGUUAUCAAAGUUGUCUGCUUUUGGCUUAAAAUUCCAGCUUUUAGUGAUCUUUUAUUGAUACAGUAACAUUUCAGUAAUUUGUACAAUAUUUUAAAAAUUAUUCUUCUUUGUCAGUUUCUAAGUAACUGUUGUAAGAUUUAAGUUAAUGUACCAGUUAACAGUCCAUCAGAAAAUUAUAUUUUUCUGGAAGUCUUCAUUAAAAAAUGGAAAUCUUUAAUGUUUUAUAAUACAACAGUAUCAAAACGAAACUCUUAUUUUAAAAAACUUAUUUUAUUAUGGAAAUUUUUGAAAAUAAAGAGACUAGUAUAAUG